UCGUGAAAUAGCGCGGCUGGCGUCGUGUUUAUAAUACGAGUAUCUUCGUUGGUGUUUUUUUUUUCCUUCUCGUUUUCAUCUCGGACGUCGUCUUCUUCUUCUUAAUAUGUUUGUACGAGUUCGAUGAUAAAACACACUGAGUUGCACCGACAAAGGAAUAAUCUCCACCUCCAUCCUGCAACUAUAUAAUGAGUACUAUCAUUUAUACUAUCACAUUACAGGUACUUCGGUUGUCGGUUACUCGUAUCAUUAUGUUUUUCGUUCGCGAGCAACGUGUUAAGAUCAUCGGUAUACUUUUAUUGCUAAAUGUCAGCUGGAGUUUAGCAGAGCUGCCUGCGUCUAGUUAUUUACCUCCGAAUCGAAAUGAUCAACCGAGUCAAUUUUCAUCGCCCAAUCCAACGGGUCAAAGUUAUAAUGCGAAUUCUGCUCCUAUCGAAACAUCUGUAUCGUUAACCACCAGCGAGCCAUUUUCAUAUAAUCCAUCGAGUUUCAAUGCAGAUUCAGGAGAAACGAGAAAUCCACCUUCGAACACUUACGGAGCACCGAAUAGUGAUAGAAUUAUAUCAAAUCUUGGAGGUAAUAACUUCAACAGGCCUGGUGAUUUCAAUCGAGGGAGCCCUACACGUAAUCAGCAGUCGACUGGUGGCAAUAAUAAUGGGUAUUCUUAUCAACAACCCAAUACAUUGAAUGCUGCAGGAGCUCCCAGUGGUGGACAAAAUUACCAAUCCAUAAAUCCAGCCAAUAUUCCGCAGUCAAAUUCGUUUGGUUCGACAGGAGUUUCAAACGAUGGACAGAAUAAUUAUCAGUCUGCAGGUCCAACUAAUUCACCUUCUGGAGUAUCUAGUUCUUAUUUCAAUUCACCAGCACCGUCUGCAAUAUCACCAACAUAUGGACCACCAUCAAAUACCAGUGGUGGUGCUGGAGGCAAUCGAGGAUCCAAUUUACUAGACAGAAAACCUCCAGCUGGAUUGACCAAUUCAUUUAGACCCUCCUCGCCAAGUAACCAGGUACCUUUCAGUGGCAAUUCUCAAGGAUCUCUGCCGAAUUUGCCAGGCUUGUCGACAAAUUACCUACCUCCUAGUACUGCUGGGGGCUCAUUCAAUAAUUUUCCUCCUUUUGGAGGUAGUUUUAAUCCAUCGUCUAAUCUAUUUGGUCCUGGUAGCACACCAUGGAAUCCAAACAGGAAUCAGUAUUCAUCAUCAGGUCCUAUCAACGUACCGAAUGGAAGACCUUCGAGUAAUUUUGGACCUCCCAGUAUCCCACAAACUCUUUAUGGCCCUCCAACGCCCAAUAGUUUUACCAACAAUGCGAGACCUUCUGGUAAUUUUGCAGGAAGCGGACCUCCUCAAACGCUCUACAAUCCACCAACACCUUCUGGACAAACUCCUGAUAGAUUUUCAUCUCAGAGUAAUCAAAAUAAGGGCACAUUUGGGCCUCCUUCCCCCACAUAUGGACCUCCUGCAAAUUCACCUCCGUUUGGAGGAAACUCUCAAUCGUUCAGACCCCAAGAAUUUGAACGAUUUAAUCAGAAUUCCCGUCCUUUUGACAACUCUGCCCCAGGAUUGCAAAAUAAUUCAAGCCCACAGCGUCCUUCUCCUUCUCCAUUAUAUGGUACACCUUUUUCAAGUCCUACAAGUGUAGGUUUUAGUCAGGGGCCAACUCAAGGAGGACCUUACUCAUCCUCCAAUGGUCCAUCUGCAUCAAUAUCACCAAGUGCACCAUAUUCAAACACCCCAAAUGCCGGUUUUAGCCAAGGGCUGACUCAAGAAGGUCCUUAUUCAUCUUCCAAAGGUCCAUCUUCAUCGAUCUCACCAAGUUCACCUUUUUCAAACAAUCCAAAUGUAGGUUAUAAUCAAGGACCAACUCAAGAAGGCCUCUAUGCACCUUCCAAAGGUCCAUCUUCAUCAAUCUCCCCAUCAUCCAAUAGUUAUAAUUCAGUCCAACAGAGUCGUCCGUCAUCUCCAUUUCAAUCAUCAUCUGGUUCAAAUCCUCCACAAACUGGAUAUCCACAACGAAUACAGAAUCAGCCUCAAGGUCUUUCAUCAAAUUAUGGUUCACCUCCUGGUCAAGCAAGUCAGUCACCAAUAGACAGGACCAAAACACCGUAUACAGUGCCCUCCAAUUCAUAUCAACCACCUUCACAAUCCUUUGCAGGUGAAAAUUCUCCAUUGUCUUCAUAUUUACCACCAUCUUUGAAUUCAUUCAGUAACCCUACUGGUUUUGGAUCCAGUAGCAAUGGAGCUUAUGAAGCUCCAAGAUCACCUACCAAUCCAACAUCUUCUAAUACUGCAUUUGCCACCAAUGGGUAUGAGAUUCCUAGAUUAUCCACCAAUACAAUACCGUCUGGGUCUAGUGGAGCUUAUGAUGCCCAAAGAUCACCUUCUGGUCCUGGAUUUGGAGCUUAUGAGGCUUCAAGAUCGCCUUCUAGUCCAGGAUUUGGCUCCAGUGGAGGAGGUUAUGAGGCUCCCAAAUCACCUACCAAUUCAGUCCCUUCUAGUCUGGGAUUUAGUACUAAUGGAGGAGGGUACGAAGGUUCGAGGUCACCUACCAAUUCAAUUCCACCUAGAUCUUCAUCACCAGUCAACUCCUUAUCGCCAUUAUAUGGCACCCCUUCUACCAAUUCUUUUAAUCAAGAGGUCUCAUCACCAAACCAGCAAGGCUACUCUUCUGGACCAGCUAGUUCCCCUGGUUUUGGCACUGGACCAGCUAGUUCCAUUGGUUUUAACAGUGGGCCAGCUAAUUCUCCUAAUUUUGGAACUGGACCAGCUGGUUCCUCUGGUUUUGGAAACAUUCCAUCUACUACUGAGACUCCUAGACCAUCAAAUUCUAAUCCUUUAUCACCCAUCUAUGGUACGCCAACUCGAGACUACACAGAUGCAGUCAUAGGUGAUUAUAACCCUCCUACAUCACCCGAUCUAGGCAAUACUUACUCCAAUAGUGCCAAUACUGUUGAAGAUUUUGCCAAUCUCAAAGGAAACACUCAGCCUUCUCAGAGUCCAUCCUUAGAUCGAGAUACUCCAGCUCAAUCAGCAUAUUCUGCUUUCUCACCAGACCCAUCAAGACUCUAUAGUGUUCCCAGACCAUCUACUGAUCUCACAAGUGAAUCAAAUCCAUCCUCAUUUGCUGGAUCAGGUUCAACCAACUCUGAACCUCAAUCAGAGUCAAAUUUUGGCUCCCCAUCUUCAUCUUAUUUACCACCAAGUCAGUCGGUUAAUGGGGCAUUUAGUAACGAUGAUAUAGUUCCUUCCACAUCAUACACGUUACCAAGUGACCAGCCCAGUUCAUCUCAACCAGGGGCAUCCAACACUGUUAAGAACGUCAAUCGAAAUGUGGGAUCUGAUUUAAUCACUGGAGCAUCUACAUCACCAUUUUUACCAUUCAAAGACGAUUCAUCUAAACCAAAUGCUGCACCAGCACCAUCCAGAGCAACUUAUGAGAAAUCCCAGGAAAUUACCUCCAAUGAUCUUACCUUCUCUGGAUAUGAAUCGGUUAAACCAGCCAAAUACCAAUUCAAUUACGAUGUGAAAGGAUCAGGUCCAGAGUUUAGUCACCAAGAAUCCAGAAAUGGCAGCACUACCUCUGGUUCAUAUGGUGUGGUUCUUCCUGACGGCCGCAAACAAGUUGUCGACUAUGAAGCUAACCAAGAAGGUUUCCAUCCAAAAAUACGUUACGAAGAAACUCCCAAUAAUUCUUUGCAACAAAACAACGAUCAAAAUCAAGGUUACAACUACUCUCCCAGUAAUCCUGCGCAAAACUACAGUUCACCUUCAACUCAAAACUUGGGCUCAAGUAACCCAGGUUCUAGCUCAAAUUACCCUCAAACACAAUCAUCUUAUUCAAGCAGACCAGAUUACAGUAUAGGAACUCCGGUUAACCAAGGUUCCUAUACAUCUCCAUAUGAUGCAUCAUCAUCUCCAUUAGGAUACCCAGCAAAUAAUCAAGGAUCUGAAGCAAAUUUUAAUACUUAUAGUAAUCAGGGCACAAGUCCAAGUAAUCCAGAUGGGUCUACAUUUGAUUCCAAACCUAGUAAUUCUCAGUUUGAUGAUAAUAAUGGAUAUGAUUACACUCCAGGAGGUAACUCGAAUAACCAAGUUAGCAGCUUUGAUUCUACAGGAUAUCCAGCUGCUCAAAAUGGACCAAAACAAGUUCCAUUUUAUACGUAAAAGAUGUCUUAAUUUAAAUCAUUAUUAUGGAAAAAUUACCCACUCACAUUAUUUAUACAUAAAUUAUAUUUUCCGUACAGUGAAUGAUGAAAUUCAUACCUAUCUAUGUAACUACUACCUUCCUGUAUUCUUUUGACCAAUUUUGUAUCGUGUUCAUUAGAUACUUUUACCUAUAGGUAUACCUACUUGUAAUUUUCAAUUGUGCAUUUUUUUUAAAUUGUAUAUAAUGUACAUAGAUAUACUUUUUUAUUUUACCUAUGUUUAUUAUUGUAUCACUUGUGAAUGAGUACCUACAUAUUUGAUGAAUUGAAAAAAAAUUUAUGGUUUAUGAAACAUGAAACAAUUAUUGCCAUCGUAA